AUGCCUCAGCCAACCCGCUCUCAGUUACGCCCCCUUCAAGCUCCAACGGCCCCCUACUAUCUGAGGGAUCUUCCGGGCCGCAAGAGGCACUAUGCCCAGCCUUCCGCUCGGGUAUCGUCGCCGCGUCUCCCGCUCAACAUUGCUCCGGCGCCUAAGCCAAAGAACCGACUAAAGCUCCGCCUCAUCAUUCGACACCAUCCUACAGCCAACCAAGUCCCUCGCCAUGUCCAGGCCCCAAGCAAGCAGGACACGCAAACCCGCGCUGGUUUAAACUGCACUUCCUCCAACGAGGAUCCCCUCCAUGGCCUAGAGAGCCACCAUCAACACGACGAACUCUUGGAUUUAGACUGCAGUUCCCCCCGCGUCUAUUCCGGACCAUUGGGCCAAGACGCACAUACCAUUGACCCCAUUGAGGGCAGGUAUUGCCAAUCUCCAGAACCGAUAUCAAGGGAAAGAGGCGGGGAUUUAGAUCCUACUCAGAGCAUAAAAGCGGGGGAGUUGGAAGAUAUGGAGAAGGAUAUGAAAAGGAAGUAG